AUGGCGCCCACCCAGGUGCACCACCACCGCUCCACCACUAAGAGCGCCAACAAGCCUUUCAAGACCAAGCAUGCGUCCAAGGGUGCUCUGAAGGAGCAGGCAAAGGGCAAAGUUGAGGUGGAGCGGGGCUCUCGCAAAACCCCCCACCAACAAUUGAAGUCGAAACUCGAUCGCCGCAACACAGCCCGCCAAAGACAAGCAUUGAAGCAUCAGGAGAAGGCCCAGGCAAAUAGCAUUUUCACCGGUCAAAAUGGUGCUCCCCGCCAUGUCGCCGUCGUCCCGCUGUCCACUGACAUCGAUAUCGCUUCCGCUAUCAGCUCAUUGAACGAAAGUGUCGAUGUUUCCACCGAGGUUUCCGCCGACAGCAUCACCCGCGUGCGAAUCGACCGAUUCCGCCAGAGCUUGCUUUACGUUCCUUCCAAAUACGAUCUUUUGAGUGCUCUGGAUGUUUGCCGCAUGGCCGACUUUGUGAUCCUGGUCAUGUCCCCCGAGGUGGAGGUGGAGGAGGAGGGCGAGCUCUUGCUGCGCUCCAUUGAGAGCCAGGGUAUUUCCAAUGUCAUGACUGUUGUUCAGGGUCUUGAUAAGAUCAGCCCGCCCAAGAGGCGCCCGCAGGUGGCCUCUUCGUUGAAAUCCUACAUCAACCAUUUCUUCCCGGCCGUUGAGAAGGUCAUGUCUCUGGAUUCGCGACAGGAAUGCUCCAAUGCCAUCCGUUCCCUUUGCACUGCUACCCCGAAGGGUAUCCGCUGGCGUGACGAGCGCAGCUGGAUGUUCAUUGAGAAUGUUCAGUGGCCGGAUGUUGACACCGAGGUGGUUGACGACGUUGUUAUCACCGGUGUUGUCCGUGGAAAGGGCUUGAAGGCCGACCGGAUCACCCACAUUCCUGGUUGGGGUGAUUUCCAGAUCGCCUCGAUCACUGCGGCUCCUCUGGCUACCACGAAGAACAAGAGAGACGAUUCCAUGAAUGUCGACACCAACGAAACCACUCAAAUACUGGAUACCCCUACUGCAGACCAGGAUGACAUGGCCAUUGUAGCCCCCGAAGAGAUCGAAAUGGAGGACGACGAUAUGGUCUCUAUUGCCGAGACUGAGCGCAAGGGUGUCUUGCUCGAUGACCACCACUACUUUUCCGAUGACGAUUCUCACAUUCCCGCGAAGCCUACGCGGUUGCCCAAGGGUACCUCCGAGUACCAGUCUGCCUGGUAUCUUGCGGACGUUUCCGACUCUGGAUCUGACAUUGAUGAUGGAGAGGAGGAUGAGGAUAUGGACAUGGACACUGGUGGCGCGCCAGAGGAUGGCGUUUUCCCCGAUCACGCCGAUGCUAUGACUGAGGGUGGACCUUCCGAGUACCCCCAGUCAGAGAUGUUCCUUGACCCAUCCCCGGAGGAUGAGUCACAAGAACUCGCAGACUACCGCGCCAGCCGACGCAACGAGGCCCAGGAGGACCUCGAGUUCCCCGACGAGAUCGAACUUCACCCUAACGUGCUGGCCAGAGAGCGCCUGGCCCGUUUCCGUGGUCUGAAGAACCUCAAGAUCAGCCCUUGGGAGACAUCCGAAGAUCGCCCCUUUGAGCCCGAGGAUUGGCGCAGGCUCUUGCAGUUUGGCGACUUCAAGGGUACCAAGAACCGCAUCUUGCGAGAGGCUCUGAUCGGCGGCGUCAACCCUGGUAUCCGCGUGGAUGUCCACCUCCGCGCUGUACCAUCCUACCUUCGCAACAAGCCCCAGCCCGUCUCACUCUUCUCGCUGCUACGUCAUGAGCACAAGCACACUGUGGUCAAUAUCAACAUGACUUUGAGCGGAAGACUCGAGGAGCCCAUCAAGGCCAAGGAGGAGCUUAUCAUCCAGUGUGGUCCCCGCCGCAUGGUAGUGAACCCCAUUUUCUCGUCUGCGGACAACACCCCAAACAACGUGCACAAGUUCGACCGCUUCAUGCACCCCGGCCGCAGUGCUAUCGCCACCUGGAUCGGACCUAUGACUUGGGGAGCCGUUCCGGUGCUUGUCUUCAAGGCCCAGCAGGCCGAAGAAGACCCCGAGGUCCUCGAUUCCGCAGACGACAAGCAGGAGCCUCUGUCCCUGGACCGUCUCGAGCUCAUCGGUACCGGCACAGUCAUUCCACCCGACCCAGCCCGUGUUGUUGCCAAGCGUGCCAUCCUUGCUGGUCACCCUUACAAGAUUCACAAGAACGUCGUCACUGUUCGUUACAUGUUCUUCAACUCCGAGGAUGUUGCCUGGUUCAAGGCUCUGCAGCUCUGGACCCGUCGUGGACGCAGUGGAUACAUCAAGGAGAGUCUCGGUACGCACGGUUACUUCAAGGCUACCUUCGACGCCAAGAUCAACCCGCAAGACUCCGUUGGUAUCAGUCUGUACAAGCGUGUUUUCCCUCGCAAGGCACGGGCUUUGGAGCAGGUGUGUGCGUAA